AUGGCUGAGCUGCGGCCUAGCGGCGCCCCCGGCCCCGCCGCGCCCCCGGCCCCAGCCCCGGCUCCGGCCCCCGUCCCCGCCGCGCCCCCGGCCUUCGCCUCACUCUUUCCCCCAGGGCUACACGCCAUCUACGGCGAGUGCCGCCGCCUGUACCCCGAGCAACCCAACCCGCUGCAGGUCACCGCGAUCGUGAAGUACUGGUUGGGUGGACCAGACCCCUUGGACUACGUUAGCAUGUACAGGAACUUGGGAAGUCCAGGGGCAAAUGUCCCUGAACACUGGCACUACGUUAGCUUUGGACUGAGUGAUUUAUAUGGCGACAACAGAGUCCAUGAGUUUACAGGAACAGAUGGACCCAGUGGCUUUGGCUUCGAGUUGACAUUUCGACUAAAGAGAGAAACAGGAGAGUCAGCUCCACCCACAUGGCCAGCAGAGUUAAUGCAGGGUUUGGCCAGAUAUGUGUUCCAGUCAGAAAACACCUUCUGCAGUGGUGACCAUGUAUCCUGGCAUAGCCCUUUGGAUAAUAGUGAGUCAAGAAUACAGCACAUGCUCCUGACUGAAGACCCCCAGAUGCAACCUGUGCAGACUCCCUUUGGGUUGGUUAUCUUCCUCCAGAUUGUUGGUGUUUGCACAGAAGAGCUACAUGCAGCCCAACAGUGGAAUGGGCAGGGCAUCCUUGAGCUACUUCGAACAGUCCCUGUAGCUGGCGGCCCCUGGUUAAUAACUGAUAUGCGAAGAGGCGAGACCAUAUUUGAGAUUGAUCCACAUCUGCAACAGGAGAGAGUUGAUAAAGGGAUCGAGACAGAUGGCUCAAAUCUGAGUGGAGUGAGUGCCAAGUGUGCCUGGGAUGAUCUGAGCCGGCCCCCUGAGGACGACGAUGACAGCAGGAGUAUUUGUAUUGGGAUGCAGCCUCGGAGACUUUCUGGCAAAGAUACAGAGCAAAUCAGAGAGACCCUGAGGAGGGGGCUUGAGAUCAACAGUAAACCUGUCCUCCCUCCAAUCAACACCCAGCGGCAGAAUGGCCUGAAUCAUGACCGAGCACCGAGUCGCAAGGACAGUUUAGAAAGCGAGAGCUCAGCAGCUAUUAUUCCCCAUGAGCUAAUUCGCACGCGACAGCUUGAAAGUGUACAUCUGAAAUUCAACCAGGAGUCUGGAGCACUAAUUCCACUUUGUCUGAGGGGCAGACUGUUACAUGGACGGCACUUUACAUAUAAGAGUAUUACGGGGGAUACAGCCAUCACAUUUGUAUCGACGGGAGUGGAAGGCGCCUUUGCCACCGAAGAGCAUCCGUAUGCAGCUCAUGGACCCUGGUUACAAAUUCUGUUGACUGAAGAAUUUGUAGAAAGAAUGCUGGAAGACUUAGAAGAUUUGACUUCUCCAGAGGAAUUCAAACUUCCCAAGGAAUACAGCUGGCCAGAAAAGAAACUGAAAGUCUCCAUUUUGCCAGACGUUGUGUUUGACAGCCCACUGCACUAGCCCUGAAUUCGGCCCCUUCCUUCAGACGACCAUGAGAGCCCGGCCUAGCUCCCAAGUGACUCAACAGUGUAAUGAUUGCAGUAAAAAUGAUUCCUGCAAAUAAAAGGAAAAGAGAGAGAGGAUUACUGCACAGCCACUGCAGCCCACAAUGGGGUGCGUACACGGGCCUGACCCCGGCCCCCCUCCACCUCACCUCUUAUCUGGGGGCCAGGCCACUCCAGGCCCAGUAGGAGUGAAUGAGACCUUGUCCAGCCCAGCUCAGGUCCUACCAGACCAAAAGAGUAGCUAAUGACUCUGUCAUUCCACCCCUGGUUCUGGUUUGGAGAUAUGACUCUAGGACCCCUGACUCUCCCACAAGCUGUCUGACCUCACUCCUCCAUUCUUGCCCACUUCUGCAGGUCUGGGGAAGAGCCCUAGACCCACGGAUUAAAUGCGCUGGCUCCUCCUGACUCUGGAAACCUUUUGUUAGUCAAAUUCCUCCUGGCUACAGAACAAUUCCUCCGAAUAUGUUUGGGGUUUUUUUGUUUUGUUUUGUUUUUUAUAUUUUAUUUUUUAGAAACCAUAUGGUAUUUAAUUGCUCCACAAAGGUGUCUAGAAGCUGUCACGCAUAUUGGUUUUGUUUUUGUUUUAAAUGGAACUGGUUUUCAAGUUGAACUUUCUUCUCUUGGAAUAGGGCAGGGGAUACCUAGCCUUUCCCCCUCCCUCAUCCCCCUACCCAGCCACGUCACUAGAAGGUGCUUAGUGUUUGCCUGCCAACGAAUAGCUAUUGUAGGGCCUUUUGGACAGAAGGACUUUUCUUCACAAGACAUUUUGGAUCCAUUGGAAGGGUGUUCAGAAGCAGGAGACAUCUAGGUAGGACAGAGGUGAAGCUAUGUCUCUGGAGACCUGAGACCCCCCCAACGUGAUACUAGGCCAUGGCCCAACCCUUACUAGGAAAGGCUGUGUUCUUUGCCAGGUGGGUUGGGCUGUAGAAGCCUCAGGGAGCCCCUUGGCCUGAAACCGGCGCCUGUGAGGCGUGAGGACUGCAGCCAGCACUGCCCAGACUCUUGGAAACUUGGAGAAGAUAUCAGCCUUGCCUUCUCAGUGGGCUUCUCACUCUAACUGGGGCCAGCCUAGGAGAGGGAGAGUCUCAUCCCCUUCAGGCACCUCCCCCACCUCCAGCUAGCUCAGGGUUUGUGUGACCUUUUAGGUCCCCAUUCUCUCUACUCCCUCCUUUCUGAUCUCAUCUUCCCUCAGGCCCCCACAGCUCCAGGCUCUAGGAAUUUCUAGUUUAUUAAAAGCUGAAAAAUAAACUUCUAACAUCUGUCUUGUUAUCAUUUUGCAACAGCACAUUCCGCCUCCUCUCCUUUCUUCCUAAAUUCAUUUAUUUCCUUUAUUUGUUCCUCUUUCUCUCAUCUUUCCUGCAGACCUCUGUCUUCUGUACUUUUUUUCCUUUGCCCCUGCAUCUCAGGCCUUUCUCUACCUCUCUGGCCUCUUUCUUCUACUGUAUUUCUGGCUUCUUUACCACUAACAUCCUCUGCUUUAUUCUGUAUCUCUAGUCUUUUUCCCUGUACUUCUGUCCCUCUCCCCCUAAAUCUCUGGCUUCUCCCCCUGCAUUUCUGGCCUUUCUCCCAUUAACAUAUUUUUGACUUCUUGUAUCCCUGACCUCUAUCUUCCUGCAUCUCUUGCUUCCCCCCCUCCCUCCCAUAUCUCUAGUCCUCCCUCCCUUUAUCUCUGACUUCUCAUCACAAGUAUUCUCUCUCCUGUCACUCCCCAAGUACCUGACCUCUCAUCCUCACAUGACCUCCUGCAUCAGGACACAGCACCACCACCUCCAAGGACACCAACCCAAUUCUGGCCUCCCAAGGCCUCCUUUAGGUUACCUCCCACCCCAGACCUGAAUGAAGUUGUUUCAGCCAUGGAAUUAAGAGACCAUUUCUGGCACCAUCCAACAUAUACCUCCGUAACAUGAGAAGCAUACCAUAGUCCAUGACAUCCAUCAUGGCUUACAGCAAGCUGGCACAAGAGAUGACAAUGCCUCCAGUGCCUUCUCUGGAUUUCCCAAACAUAUCUUCCAUCCAGGCCUGGGAAUUCUUUAGCAUAAGCUUCAUCUUUCAUUCAUGAAAAAUGUGGGUGUUUCAUUUGCUGACCCUCAGUUCCCAAAUUCCCCAGCAAGGUUCCAUCUUCAUCCCAUGUGCCCCUUUGCUGCCAGUUGCUGGUGUCAUGCACCCCAGCCAGAUGAUUGCCUUCUGAGUGUCUCUGACUCCAGCAGUAUUCUUUGGUCUUCUCAGGAGGAUUUUUCCAGGAAGACUGUCUUUAGCCUUAGCCCUGUGAUGCUUUCAAUUCAUCCCCUGAUCCCUCUGCUGCCACCAUCUCCAUCCCUUUUAAAUUCUUCACUUCUCUGCCUUAUGGAAGGGGACGAAAGGUGCAGCCAGCCUGAUCAGUCACUCCUCUCUAAGCCCUAGACAGAGGUCUCAGUGCUCCUCCACCCCACAGCCCUCUCCACCUGUCACUUUUAAUCUGGUUUGGUGUCUUAAGCCAAAGUCUCCCUUGGUGCCAAAAGCACCAGGUUACUGCAUGAGGAGCUUUGGGAUAAAUGGGUUAACUAUCAGUAUGAGGGACCCGGGUAGUCCUCUGUGAAUGGAGAGAGCAAUAUUAAGGAUAGCCUAGCUCAGGGAAGGUGUCUUGGAAGGACACACAUUGCCCAGAAAGCCCACUGGGCAGUCUGGAAGGCCAGUGGCUAGAGGCACAUCUUGAAUGUUCCUCUUGGGCUCAGGACUUCAUGUCCCUUUUUCCAAAGUACUUUCGCUACGUGGCUGCACAUGUGCAUGCCGCCUUUGUAUUGGCUCUAGUCUCUCCGUUGGUGGAAGUUGGAAAGGAACUACAAGUUAGAGGGUCUUUAUGGUUUUCCUGUUUGGGAUUCUCAGGAAGAGUGGAAUAGGGAUCAUCGCUGAGUUCUUUGCUGACCUAGCUUUCCCUUAGACUUUGUAGACUCAUCCUCUAGACAGAAACUCUCAGGAACUUGUAUCCUGAACUGAGUAUCUGUUCUUCCUUUUCCAACUUUGAACUCUCCCAGCUCCAAGGGAGGGUCCUUCCUUCCUUAUAGUGACUGAUUCUUCAGUCAUCCCACUUACAACUAUUUUCUUCUCCCAUCAUUUCCUCAUGUCUCAUAUUCCAUGGUAGCCUCUUCGAGGCAAAUGGGGAGCUCCCCAGUAUCUACAAUCUUGAUGGCUCUGAUUGGAUACCAAUAAAGUCUUACAGGACACAGAGGCUUUCAAAAUCUUGGGCAGUGCUUGUCAUUGUCACGUAUCACUUCUGGGCAACUACCCCUUAGAGGCUAAAGAAUUGCUCACAUCCAUCUCUCUGGGUCAGAGGGUAGAAAUCCAGCCAUGGCCAUACUCCAUCUUAAGAAUAUUCUGGUCUUGCCUUGUCUCUUUCCAAAGGAGUGGCCCAAGGAAUAAGAUGAGAGGAAUGGGGAGAGGUCUCAGGGAUCUGAAAAGCCUAAAGCACUUUUUGGAAAGAGACAGACUUAAGACUGUGUUUGGCCUGAAUUUUGAAGUUUGGUGGAGAGCUGAACUUUAGACAUUCUACUGUGAGAGCAUCCCCCUUUCUCUGCCUUUUAACUAGGCUCCUUCCCUCUCUGGCUGAGAGGACCUCGUGCCCAAAGGGGAGUGCUAAGUCCUGCCUUGGGUCAGGAUACUGUAACUCACCUUCUUAUUUUGUUACAAAAACCUGAAAGCUGUUUUGAGCAGAGCUUUUUUAAUCUUUUGUAUUAGUUUCUAUUGUCAGUGGUGACUUGGUUCCUGGGCAUUGUGGCAGGCCAGGACUUUUGUAAGAAUUUUUUCAGUGACUCACUGAAACCGUUUCCUUCCCGCCCCCUCUCCCUCAGUGUAAUCUAAGUGCAUUAAACAUGUUUGCAGAA